AGACAGACGCAAGCUGUCGAUCGCCGUUGUAGGGCAGGUUUGUCCCAGCGAGGUUGCCGUAGAACGGUUUGCAAUGCAGGUCAAAGUUCAAGCUGAGUCGGGAAAGAUGGACGUCAAUCAGGCCAAACAAGAGCAUUUGCUUGCUUUAAAAGUGAUGCGGUUAACAAAGCCAACUUUAUUCACAAAUAUGCCAGUGACAUGUGAGGACCGAGACUUGCCAGGGGACCUUUUCUCCAAACUUAUGAGGGAGGAUCCCUCUACUGUAAAGGGAGCUGAGACAUUAAUGCUUGGUGAAAUGCUCACACUUCCUCAAAACUUUGGAAAUAUAUUUCUUGGUGAAACAUUUUCCAGCUACAUCAGUGUUCACAAUGAUAGUAAUCAGAUUGUCAAAGACAUCCUUGUCAAGGCAGACCUUCAGACAAGUUCUCAGCGACUAAAUCUGUCAGCAUCUAAUUCGGCUGUUGCAGAACUUAAACCUGAAUGCUGUAUUGAUGAUGUUAUACAUCAUGAAGUAAAAGAAAUUGGAACGCACAUAUUAGUGUGCGCAGUAAGUUAUACUACUCAGAUGGGAGAGAAGAUGUAUUUCCGAAAAUUCUUUAAAUUUCAGGUCCUCAAACCACUGGAUGUCAAGACCAAGUUCUACAAUGCUGAGAGUGACCUCAGUUCUGUGACGGAUGAAGUCUUCCUGGAAGCGCAGAUUCAGAACAUCACCACCUCCCCCAUGUUUAUGGAGAAAGUUUCCCUAGAACCCUCUAUUAUGUACAGUGUUAUGGAACUUAAUAUUGUCUCCACAGGCGAGGACGGAGUAUCCACAUUUGGAAAAAUGUCAUACUUGCAGCCGAUGGACACACGCCAGUAUUUAUACUGCUUGAAGCCCAAACCUGAAUUUGCAGAGAAGGCUGGGGUCAUCAAAGGUGUUACAGUGAUAGGCAAGCUUGACAUAGUUUGGAAAACCAACCUGGGAGAAAGGGGUCGGCUUCAAACCAGCCAGCUACAAAGAAUGGCUCCUGGUUAUGGUGAUGUCAGACUUUCUCUGGAACUGAUACCUGACACUGUCAAUCUUGAAGAACCAUUUGAUAUCACCUGUAAAAUUACGAACUGCAGCAGUGAGAGGACUAUGGAUUUGGUUCUGGAAAUGUGCAACACAAACUCUAUCCACUGGUGUGGAGUUUCAGGAAGGCAACUGGGGAAGCUGAAUCCGAGUUCCUCUCUCUCACUCACUCUCAAGCUCUUAUCUUCAGUUCAGGGCCUCCAAAGUAUAUCUGGCUUAAGGCUUACAGAUACAUUUUUGAAAAGAACUUAUGAAUAUGAUGAUAUCGCCCAAGUAUGUGUAGUAUGUUCACAUAUGAAUCCGGAUAGCUGAAGUUUGUCGUGUUUUAACCAUUAACUUGGAUCUCACUGGCCAACAUUGGAACCUUCUGAAUCAUCAGCUGCAUUUAUCAUUUUAUUAAAAAAAUGUUAAUGUUACUGAUUUUAAAAUAUUGAAUGUUUUAAUUAUAUGGGCAUAUAAAUUAUAUAUUAAUUUUAAUGUGAAUAAACUAUUGCUACAUUUAUCUGUUCUACCUUUAUAGGUAUGAGAGGUUAAAAGAUGACUUGAGAAUUUGUCAAUAUCACAAAACACUUUGAUUUUUGUCUUGAAGAAAACUGUUUCUUGUACCAACAUGAGCUGAGCUGUUCUAUUUUAAACAUCAUUUUUAAAAUUGGUUUAUUUUUUGCUAUCAGUACUUCUUUAAUUAAGAAUAAAUAUACAGUACUUGAGUUAUACCACUCCAUUGCUACAGAGAAAACUCUCCACAUUCUGCUGUGAUACAAAAGAAGUCAACAAGUUGGAUCUCAAAUUAAGUGUCAUGUUUUUCAUAUUCAGCAAAUGUUACUGGGAUUGUUGGUAUUUGUGUUAGGCAACCAGUCCUUAGGCAGGAAAUGGUUUCUUUAAGUCAUGCAAGCAUUUUCAUGUUAUGAAAUGUGGGGGUUGCACCAGUCUGAGGUGCUGUGUUGUCAGCACUAUAUAUGUACUGCUCAUUGCCAAGAAAACAAAACGCUAAUGUAGGAUUACCACUUUGCUUCCAGUUCUGUCAUUUAUUGUUUUCCAUUUCUUUUACCACAGCCAAUUGUUCAGAUACAAAAUAAUGUACCCUACAUAAAAUGGAAAACAGAAAUCUUCUGAUAUGUGUGAACCAUUGAUUCAGAUUUUAAAGAUUAUAAAUGAGAUGUAAUGUUAAAAACAAAAUAUUAAAGAAUUUCAGCAAUUCAGAUUUCUUUAUUUAUAUACUGUAUAUCCAUAUUGGCCUGGAAAAAACAUGUCAAGUCAGUGUUUUAGCUGAAUGACUUGCAGGUAAUGCACUCAAUCCUAGCAUUUAUUCAAAUGACAUCUUCAAGACCAUAGAGCACUUUGGAAAUACUGGGCGUAGUAGUAAUUGGAUCUGUGGUGAUCAGUCAGGUGUUAGUAAAUCAUGAAUUCAUACUUAUUUAACAAAAGAUUACAGUUACACGCAGAAUUGGCAGAGCUGAUUAUCUUCAACAUUUGUGCAUUGCUUGGGGAAACCCCCAUUUUGCAUGCACCUAGCAGAAAAUGCAUCAGUCUGGGGUAAAGUGUGCUUUAGCAUGUCAAUUCAGGAUACACAAAUUUAAGAUGUACGCUUCUUUUGUGACCAGCUUGACCGAGAAGAAAAACUUUGCAAGAUGCUAUGAAAGUUUUUUGGUUUUUUUUUUAACAGGUAAACUACGUUUAUAGAUUGGCGAGUGUCUUGAGGUACUGUAUUUUGUGCCGUCUACUUUCUGGGACUGUCAUUAACCGUCUGCAAAGCUUCAUUUAUCCUUUCAUGACUACAUUCUGGGGUUUACUGUUGUUUAAUUGUAGCCAGAGGAGUGAAAACCAAUGUUACUGUGUCAGUGGGUGCCUUGUAUGACAUCCCAGCUAUUCAGCCAUACCUGACUCAUGCCUAGGAUGGAUUACUGAAGCAUCCUUCUGGCGAGGCUGUGUUAUCAUACUCUUCUAUAAUGCAACAGCUUGUUUGUCUUUUUAUAAUCCUGAAUGAAAUUCUCAAUUUUGUGAUCCUCUUCUGGAUACCUGGGAUUCAAACCUUGGUGUAAGAAGAUUGAGAGUUGGAGUGCACAAUGCUUCUCUGUCCUGGAACUGCAGUGUUAGAGUAAAUUCCAGA